CAGCACAUGGUGCAAGUAGUGAGUGUGUCACAGUGGUUGGGUGUAGACACUCUGCUCCCUCCUCUCCCUGGGCACAAGCACACACGUACUUCCAACAUGAGUUCUCUCCUCAAUAACUUGAUCGUGACGGAUCCUUCUGGGUCCAGCAGGAAGGAGAGCGGUGGCAACCUCAUCCACCUCCAGCAGAGACCCACGGAGGACAUGGCAACACAAGGUAACCGUGGGCGACUACGAGCCCUGGCCUCAGGUGGUGGUAGUAUGUGCCUCGAGGAAGUGGUUAUUGGAGAGGAAAUACCAUAUCCUUAUGAGGUUAUCCAGGAGAGUGCUGAAUACCUGCUCUCUGGGACACGACAUAGACCUAAGAUUGGAGUUAUCUGCGGCUCGGGUCUCGGUGGACUGGCAGACCAACUGGAUGAGAGAGACGUGUUCCCUUACGAGAGCAUACCCAACUUCCCUGUGUCAACUGUUGUUGGGCAUGCAGGGAGGAUGGUAAUAGGACUGCUCUCUGGUGUUCCAGUAAUGUGUAUGCAGGGACGCUUCCAUGCUUACGAAGGUUAUCCUCUCUGGAAGUGUGCCAUGCCAGUGCGAGUGAUGAAGCUGAUGGGUGUGGAGCAGAUCAUCGUCACUAAUGCAGCUGGAGGCCUCAACCCAGGUUUCAAAGUUGGUGAUAUCAUGAUUAUUAAGGAUCACAUCAAUAUGCAGGGAUUUGCUGGUGACUCUCCACUAAGAGGCAGGAAUGAUGAACGGUUUGGCCCUCGUUUCCCUGCCAUGAACAACGCAUAUGACAAGAAUCUUCGUGACAUGGCGAAAAAGAUUGUUGCCGAUAUGAAUCUAUCAGAUGUUGUUCAAGAAGGCGUUUACGUCAUGCUUGGUGGACCCACCUAUGAGACUGUAGCUGAGCUGAAACUUCUGAGGGUUGUAGGAGUGGAUGCUGUUGGGAUGAGCACUAUUCAUGCAGUUGUGGUAGCAAGACAUUGUGGAAUGAAAGUGUUUGCAUUCUCUCUCAUCACAAAUCAGUGCAUAAUGCAGUAUGACACAGAUGCCACUGCCAACCACGAGGAGGUCAUUGAGGUAGCUGAUAAACGCAAGAAAGAUCUUCAAGAAUUGGCCUGCAGACUUAUUGUUAAAAUGGCAGUGGUGGACCAAGAUGGUUGAGUGAGCUUAUAUCAUGAAUAUUGUAUAUUACAGCACAUUCGAAUUACAGUGGACCCUCGCCUAACGAACACAUCGCAUAACGUUAAAUCCGGGUAGCGAUACAUUUUAACGCAAAAAUUUUGCCUCAGCUAGCGCUAAAAAACUCUCCCAACGCGAUUCGUUCCGCUCGAGACGCGUCCACUUGCAGCCUGAGCAUGCCUCACUUGUCCCGUGGGUGCCAGUGUUUACAAGCCAGCCACCGCAGUCGCAUCCAAACAUACAAUCAGAACAUUUCAUAUUAUCACAGCGUUUUUAGUGAUUGCACCUGCAAAAUAAGUCACCAUGGGCCCCAAGAAAGCUUUUAGUGCCAACCCUACAGCAAAAAGGGUGAGAAUUACUAUGGACAUGAAGAAAGAGAUCAUUGCUAAGUAUGAAAGUGGAGUGCGCAUCUCCGAGCUGGCCAGGUUGUACACAAAACCCUAAUCAACCAUCACUACUAUUGUGGCCAAGAAAAUGGCAAUCAAGGAAGCUGUUCUUGCCAAAGGUGCAACUUCGUUUUCGAAACAAAGAUCGCAAGUGAUAGAAGAUGUUGAGAGACUAUUAUUGGUGUGAAUAAACGAAAAACAGAUAGCAGGAGACAGCAUCUCUCAAGCGAUCAUAUGUGAAAAGGCUAGGAAGUUGCAUGACGAUUUAAUUAGAAAAACGCCUGCAACUAAUGGUGAUGCGAGUGAAUUUAAGGCCAGCAAAGGUUGGUUUGAGAGAUUUAAGAAUUGUAGUGGCAUACAUAGUGUGAUAAGGCAUGGUGAGGCUGCCAGUUCAGACCAAAAAGCAGCUGAAAAAUAUGUGAAGGAAUUCAAGGAGUACAUAGACAUUGAAGAAUUGAAACCUGAGCAAGUGUUUAAUUGUGACGAAACAGGCCUGUUUUGGAAGAAAAUGCCAAGCAGGACCUACAUUACUCAGGAGAAAAAGGCACUCCCAGGACAUAAGCCUAUGAAAGACAGGCUUACUCUGUUGAUGUGUGCUAAUGCUAGUGGUGAUUGCAAAGUGAAGCCUUUAUUGGUGUAUCACUCUGAAACUCCCAGUGUGUUCUGGAAAAACAAUGUCCUCAAGGCUAAUUUGUGUGUGAUGUGGAGGGCAAACAGUAAGGCAUGGGUCACUAGAGACCUUUUCUAUGACUGGUUACACCAUGCAUUUGCCCCCACUGUGAAAAAUUACCUCCUGGAAAAUAAAUUGGACCUUAAGUGCCUCCUGGUAUUAGACAAUGCUCCUGGUCAUUCUUCAGACGUGGCAGUGACUUUCUGGGGACAUGAGCCUCAUUAAGGUCAAGUUUUUUGCCUCCUAAUACCACUCCUCUCCUGCAGCCCAUGGACCAGCAGGUCAUUGCAAACUUCAAAAAAACUCUACACAAAAGCUAUGUUUGAAAGGUGCUUUGUAGUGACCACAGAAACUCAAUUGACUAAGAGAGUUUUGGAGAGAUCACUUUAGCAUCCUCAAUUGUGUAAACAUUAUAGGCAAGGCUUGGGAGGAAGUGACUAAGAAGACCUUGAACUCUGCUUGGAAGAAACUGUGGCCAGAAUGUGUAGACAAAAGGGAUUUUGAAGGAUUUGAAGCUAACCCUGAGAAGCCUAUGCCAGUUGUGGAAUCAAUUGUGGCAUUGGGGAAGUCCUUGGGGUUGGAGGUUAGUGGGGAGGAUGUGGAAGAGUUGGUGGAGGAGGACAAUGAAGAACUAACCACUGAUGAGCUGCAAGAUCAUCUUCAACAGCAAGAGGCCAGACCUGAGGAAACUGCUCCAGAGGAGGGGAUAGAGAAAUUGAGGAAGUUGCCUACUUCAAAGAUAAAGGAAAUGUGUGCAAUAUGGCUUAAAGUGCAAACCUUUUUUGAUGAAAAUCACCCUCACACAGCUAUUGCAAGCUGUGCUGGUGACUAUUACACUGACAAUGUUGUGAAACACUUUAGGAAUGUCAUAAAGGAACGGGAGGUACAGGCUUCUAUGGACAGAUAUGUUGUGCGACAGAGGUCCGGUGACUCAAGCUGGUCCUAGUGGCAUUAAAAGAAGGGAAGCAACCCCGGAAAAGGACUUGACAUCUCAAGUCCUAAUGGAAGGGGAUUCCCCUUCUAAACAUUAACACCAUCCACACACACCCCUCCUCCCAUCCCAUCAAUCAUCACCAGAUCUUCAAUAAAGGUAAGUGUCAUGUAAUUGUACAUGUCUUCUUCAGUUUGUGUGUAUUAAAAUUAAUAUUUCAUAUGGUAAAUUUCCAUUAUUUAUGGGAAAAAUUAAUUCGGUUAACGAUAAUUUCGCCUAACAUUGAGCUCUCAGGAACGGAUUAAUAUCGUUAGGCGAGGGUCCACUGUACAGCAAAUUUUGUCCAAUGAAAACUUGCCUUUACUGUGGACAAUGUUUUCCCAGAAGAAUUAAGUUACCACAUAGUUGCCUAAAGCACCUUUGCUUAAUAGCCGAGUGGAGAGGUAAUGUGGAGAAACUUAUAUUUUACUUUCGAAGAACUAAAAAGCUCACACUUGCAUCACUAAAAUCUCUCAUUUUAAAAAUACAGAAUUUUGAUCAUUACUUUGAACAGGAUCUCAGUAUUUAUAGAUACAGAAAGUUUAUAUUUCCAAACAGUGGGUUUAUAGUGAUAAAAGAUACCUAUAUAUUAUAUAUGCUAUAUAUAAUAUAGUAUCUCUAGGGUAAAACAUGCUGGUGCAAACUAAUCCACAGACAGAUAAGAACUACUAGGUAAUGAUGUGUAUAUGUAGAUAUUAGAAUAUUCCAAAAAUGUAAUUAAGGUACUUUCAGUGGUAGCUAUAUAUUGAUGUUCAAAUGUGAAAGAGUAUAUACCAGUUGUAGCAUUACUGGAGGCUUUUUAACCUAAUUAUUGUAGUGAUGGGGAAAAGUGCUAAACUCGUGUCAUACAAACUACCUUACUAACUUAAGAAUUCAUCUACAGCCGUUCCAUUAAAAGUUAAUAGAACACUAGUAUAUCCAUUACAGUUUAUAAGCUACAUUAUUAUUAUUAUCAUAACCAAGUGCUAAACCCACAAGGGUCAUACAGCGCUGUAGGGUAUGGUGUGCUAAAAGGUGUAAUGUGUCUGAUCAGAGACCAGCACGGGUGAAGAGUAUAACAUGACUCACGAAAUCGUAAUGACACAAUUGCAAACAAACCAUAUCACGGGCGGGAUUUGAACCCGCGGUCAGAGUGUCUCAAAACUCCAGACUGUCGCGUUAGCCACUGGACCAGCUAGCCACAAUAAGAUUCGUCCAAUUAGGUAUACUAUUUCUACACCAUAGGAAGGUUAGCAUAGGCACCACUGUGGCCACAAAUGCAAGUUUUUACAGACGAAUCUCCAGCUAGCGUGGCCAUGACGAAUUCUAGCUCAAGUCAUGUUGACGGCAGUGAGGGGACCUGAGCUAGAGUUCGUCACGGCACACUAGCUGGAGAUUCGUCUGUAAAAACUUGCAUUUGUGGUCACAGUGGUGCCUAUGCUAACCUUCCUAUGGUGUAGAAAUAUACCUAGUUGGACGAAUCUUAUUGUGGCUAGCUGGUCCAGUGGCUAACGCGACGGUCAGGAGUUUUGAGACUCUCUGACCGCGGGUUCAAAUCCCGCCCGUGGUAUGGUUUGAAGAGUAUAACAGGUAGUUAGAAAGGGUGGUGUGGAGUGCUAAAGAAAAUAUAAUCAAAGUUGGUGUAAUAAAGCAGUUUCUGACACAGAGGUCAAAGAGGGAGUCUGUCAAAGGUGGGGCUGUCAACCAGGAAUGAAAAUAAAGUAAGGGCUUUAGAGUGAUGAUGAUGGUUUUGUAAGCUACAGUGAAACCUCAAUUUAAGAAACCUUAUUUUAAUGGGAUUCAUAUUUCACUGACAAAACCUAUUCUCCAGAGUCUAGAAACAACAGACAUCUUUCGUUUCUAGUAUUCUGUUAUUGUUAGUCUGCUGUCUGAAUUAAUUUUGGAUUUAACAAAGUACAUCGUUUCCAGCAUCAUUUAAAAUCGUGAAAAAAAAAAAAUUAGGAUUUAACUAUUACCCUUCCCAUCACUUGCCUGUUAAAUUGAGGUUUCACUUAUUGCAUUAGUUAUUAAUUUUAAAAAACAAAUUAUCUGCACUGUACAAAAUAAUGCUCAACGGGUAAAACUUCCAUUGUUUUUUUUAUUCUUUGUUGACAGUUCAUUAUGCAUGCUUAAUUUUCUUCAAAUUACUCGUAUACGUUUUAACAUUUUAUGCAAUGUUUUUGUUUGCACAAUGGAAUUGACGGGAUAUUAGCAGUUUGGAGGGAUAUGUUGUGUAUCUUUAUACGUAUGUGCUUGAAAACUGUUGUGUUCUGAGCACCUCUGCAAAAACAGUGAUUAUGUGUGAGUGAGGUGAAAGUGUUGAAUAAUGAUGAAAGUAUUUUCUUUUUGGGGAUUUUCUUUCUUUUUUGGGUCACCCUGCCUCGGUGGGAGAUGGCCGACUUAAAAAAAAAAAAAAAAAAAAAACUAAUUCAGAGAUUUUUAAGUUUAACAGUAUUUUACCUGCAAUGUAAUUAUAAUUUUAACAGUAUAAAAAAUUGACAGUAACUUUCACUGGAGACAUAAUUCAAAGGUUCUUUCAUCAUGCUAUAAGCUACCAAAAGCAUGCUCUGUUGUCAGAAGUGCUGCAGCUUUUGUAAGCUGGAGGAAGGUGUUGCUCCAGUGGUCAUGAUGAGUCAGUUUAGUGUGAACUGUGGUAGGACAGAUACCUAUAUUGUAAUUAGGGGUGAUAACCAUCAGGUUUGUCUACAAACUUGGGUAUCUUAUCCUCCUCUUAUAUAAGACCUUAAUAUUUUCAGAAAAACAAAGAAUGCUAUACCUAUGUCUAAAAUGGUUUCAACUUUAGAAUUCCAUAAUUAAUGCUGGCAACAUCAUUUGCAGAAUAAUGAAACUUGCCAAGCCAAAACAGAGAUAAUUUAGGGCUAACAGAAGAAAAAAACAAAUAAAAAGCAGCAUGUAGUAGUUACAGAAACAGUUGCUGUAUUUGUUCUUGGUAGAACCACUAUGUAAACAUGUCCAAAAAUUUUCAUAACUCAAAAAUAAACAUAUUAAAUAUUGUAGAAAUGCACAAAUUGAAUAUUUAAUGCAGGUAAAGUAGUACUACUUUCCAUCAAUAUAUAAACUUUUUGUGUGUUGUUUCAUUUGUAAGUUAAUCAGUAUAUGUAAAGUAUUUAACCUCAGUGUAAAGUACAGUAGGGCCCUGCUUUACGGCAUUCCGCUAAUACAGCGAUUUCAAAUUAUGCCCAAAACACACUAUACGGCUCCCCUUUCUAAUACUGUGCAUGCCACCUGGUUUGUUUGCAUUCUCCGUAAGCACCGGUUGUCUCCAUUAUGUUUGGAAACUUUCCAAAAUUUCAAGUGUUUUAAAGAUUAUUUCUUAUUUUAUAUGUACUCUGAUAAUUAUACUUAUGUGUACCUGUACCUAAGUAAACUUACACACUGUACUCGCAUGCAGGUACACAUUAAAAUCAUUAAGAGUGUCUUGUUAGUGUUGAUGCUAUAUUAAAAAUAACAAUAAUGAUCACUGAGGCACAUUAAAUGUUGUAUAAAACAUUACUAUAGACAUUUUGCUUAAUCCAUUUAUGAUAUUUUUUCAAAAGUAUAUAAUAAACACGCUACGUAACAACAAACAUGAUAUAUACCCACAGUAAAAUAGAUUAACAUAAAUACGACAUGUUUUUCUAGUCGGCUCGAAGGAGUGAACUAAAAUCAUACACGUUCGCUUGUUAACAAAACUUGCGUCUGUCCUCUCUUGUGUACUCGUUCUCUUUUUAUUCGUUUAAUCUCGUUGACUCGCCUCUCGCCCUACAUUAAGAUUACAAAUAUUUUAAGAUAAUGACUGUACUGUAUAUGCAUUUUAUCGAUCUAGGGCCCUUUAAAUUCCUAGUAUAUAAUGUGUGGGUGGGGUGACCAGAUGGGGUUGCAUACCUACCACACUAUUUGAUACCCUACUAUUCACCUUGCACCCUAUAUUAAGACUACAAAUAUUUUGAGGUAAUGAGUGUACUGUGCAUGUAUUUUACUUUGUUUUUAAUGCCUUGUUCUAUUGCUAACUUAAUAUAUGUUAGUGUAAACUUGUCUGACAUUUAUAAGUGGAAAUAAAUGGCGUACUGCUAUCCGGUGAUGUCUGCUUUCUGACAGUAGCCUGGAUCCUAACCUGCUGUAUAAAUGGGGCUCUACUGUAUAUUAUUAUGCUUGUUUGGAUAUGCAUUCUUCACUAAGCUUUCAGCUAAGUUCUAAAAAUGUGAAAAAAAAACAAAAAAUUUGCAUUUGUGUGAUGUGAAAUUUGCCUCUUAAAAGGUAAUUCAAUUUUAUUGUAAUUUUUUUGUUUUACCCAGUUAAUUAUUACCUAUUUUCAGUAAUAUUUAAGGCAGGGGUAACAACUUUCAUAGAUUUGUUGCUUUUAUAUUUGCAUAUACACUGUAAAUUAAAGAAAAUAGGGUCUAUAUAGGUAUACAUAACACUAAAACUUUCACAGGAAAUAACCCUGCUAUUUAAAAAAAAAAAAAAAAACACGAUGCCAUACUCUACAUAAACUGAUCUUUGGGACAAUAACUACUGACACAA